GACCGUUGAAACUGCCACACAUUGGCUUGGCACCAAGAACCAGGCCUACCCUGUGGGUGAGAGCUCCUGGCUCCUGGACCAAGACGCCAGUGAGAAGAGAGGUGAGGACCCUGCAGGCAGCCCUGUCUGUCAGCCCUGGUGGCCCAGGGAGCAGGCCAUCACCCUGCCCUGUCACCAGGUCCCACGCACAGCACUCUGGUGCUUCAUCAUUUUUCAUUGGUCUUUUCUUGCUGGUCGGACAUUUCUCCCUCCCUGUUGAAGGCUUUCUGUUCUCUGAAGACUAUUUAUUCCAUCUUGCAAAGGUGGAAAAUGACCCUCGACACCUGUUGUUUUCCUGGAGUGAAGCAACACAUCUGUGCCCUGAUUGCCUUCCUGUCUAGUUCUGUGGCCUGGGUAUUGGGUAUCACCCUAGUGAGCAGCAUAUCCUGGCGAGUGUGGGAACUGGACAGCCAGGUUGUUCCCCUUGCCUUCAUUGGCCUUUGGAAUGCUAGAUAUUAUGUCAGGCGAAAUAACUCUGGCACAGUGGUUGAUAUGCCAGUGCAGACCAGCAUCCACAGCGGGUGGACCCAGGCAACUGAGCUUCAAUAUGCAAAAGAUCUAAUGGUGUUGGUAAAUUUCACUCAGCCAGCGGCUCUGAUUCUCAGCACAGUGGCCUUCUUAGUCAGCAGACUGGAGCCCACCUAUCCAGAAUUCCUGCGACUCUAUUACAGAAGCUCAGCCCUCCUUCUUUUCCUCAGCUCUGGCUGUGUGGCUCUGGCUGUGAGCUGGAACUAUGCCAUGGAUAUGUAUGGCCAUAGUACCCUUGACUUCCCAGGAGAGUUUGCUGUGGACAAAGAGGCUGUGACCAAAAAGCACUUCUCCUAUGUGUUUCCGCUAGGGAUCGUCACUGCCACUCUGUCCCUCCUCAGUGGCAUCCUAAGCUUUGGGGUCCUGAGCUUCACACAGCCCAAGGACCAAGUAAGGAAAGCUGAGGGCCGAGAGCUGGGAUGCGUGGCAAGGCCUGAGCACAGGGUGCUUGAGGAAAUCGCCACCUCGUUGGCAUGCUGAGGCGACUAUGUUCUCACUGCAAAUAAACU